AUGCUGGGCACCUUGACGUCCUACGUCAUCAUCCAGGGCUCCGCAUUCACCGUGGACCUGCCCGGAGGCACGUCCGGCCCGGUCACAAAGGAGCAGGGUGACGUUAGGAAGGAAGCCGCCGUCGAGAACAAUUUCGCGCUCGUCGGCUUGAUCUUUUGCGUUAUCGAAUUCGCGUAUUAUUUGUAUAUUCAGGCAUCCGGUGCCAAUGAGGAAGAUGGCCAGGUGGACAAAAAGAUCAUCGACGCGCAAGUGAACGCCCUCAAGAGUAAGAAAACCACCCUACGGGGUGUCAUGGGAGACAUGAGGGAACAACAGUGGACGACAAGAUUGCGUACAAGCACGGACCUAGAGCAGGCGCUCCUCAGCGACGGUGAGACCAAGACUGAGGUUCAGCGCAUGUGCAAAAUAUUGAAUCCCUUCUUCAUGAUUUAUGACGCUGACCACAGUAAGACCAUCGACCGUGAGGAGUUCAGCCAGAUUCUUAGAGAUGUGAACGAGAACGUUUCGAAGGAUUACCAACGGCUGCUUUUUGAUGCCGCCGAUGCUGACCACAGCGGGAGCAUCAGUUUCGAGGAGUUCGUCGCGUGUGUGAUAGCUAUAGCGAUGGGUGAUGGAGAAAUCAACAAGCAGGAACAUAACGAAUCUAGGAAGACAAUUCGGCGCGAGCCCACCAAGCGGGGGAUUUUGCGGAUUGUGGAUAGCACUGGUGACGCUGACGAAGAGGAUGACGACGAGGAGGAGGACGUCAUUCCUGACGACUUGGCUGGAUUGUCGCCCGAGCAGCAGCAGACGCGCAUCAAGCUGCGAUCGUUAUACCAGAUGGGCCUCGGCACUCUUAUUGUCCUCGUGUUCUCGGACCCGAUGGUAGAUCUGCUCGGGGAGAUCGGCAAGCAGGUCGGCGUACCCGCGUUCUACGUGUCCUUCGUGCUGGCGCCCCUCGCCUCGAACUCCGCCGAGCUGCUGGCGGCGUACAACUACGCGCAGAAACGGAGACCGUGA